AUGGGCUGCGGGGCAAGCGCUGAUCGUGUUCAGGAGUUAUCGAGCACCGUCAAGGACGAGAACCCGAUACAUCCAACCUGCGAAAGAUUCAGCUUUGAGGAAGGCGCCCGACGUUCUCAGUCCGAGCCGCUGGGAGGCAGCAAGCGGCGCAAGCCCCAGCGUGUUCGCGCGCUCUCCCUGGGCUCAGAUGAGUGCCGGGACAUCUACGACAGUGUCCAGACCAAGAAGGGCCUGUUCUGGACGUCUGGCGAAAGCUGGAUGAGUGGCGUGCCGUCCGCGCCUUCGCGGCAGCUGACAUCAUAA